AUGACUUACCCAAAUCACAAACAUCAAAGCAAUGUUCUCCCGCCUACGCUGGCGGACAUCGUCCCGAACACUCUCAGCCCCUACCCGACUCUUCAGCCAAACCCCCAUCGUCCCCGCAAAACCCCUCCCCCCCGACUUAAGAUCAACGAUGCCGACAUAUCAAUAUCCUACCUAAAAGGCACCGGGCCUGGCGGACAGAAGAUCAACAAAACCAACUCCGCCGUCCAAAUUAUCCACAAGCCCAGCGGGGUGGUGAUCAAAUGCCAAGCGACGCGCUCGCAGUCGCAGAACGCGAAGAUUGCGCGCUCGUUGCUCGCUGAUAAAGUCGAGGCGCAGGAGAAGGGGGAUAAGAGUCGGGUUGCGAUUAAGGCUGCGGCGGCGAAGAAGAAGAAGGCUAGUAAGGUGAAGAAGACUAGGAGAAAGUAUCGGGAGCUUGGAGAGGGCGGAAAGCAGGGGGAAGCUGAUAUGGAGGAAGAGGAUGAGAUUGAGAUUAUAUGGGAUGAUGAUGUAAAGGAGGGAGAGAAUAAGGAGGCUAUAUUGGAAACCAAGCCGGAAACUGAGCCGGAAACUGGGGGUGAGGCUAAACCCUCUGAAGAGUCCGGAAAGACUUCAUGA